GCAGUGAGUGAGCUCUGCAAGAUGCUGUGUGUCAGUGAGAUAUUCUGUAAAUUAUCUCCGAAUCAGCACAGGGGUAGCCAUCAUCCGUGAUGCAAUCCCAGCCCGUUAUUUCCAGAGCCAAUAAAGGACAUGAAAAUAAAAGCAAUAAUUGAAAGAAAUUAAUUCUUUAGAGGGAGAAAGAGAAAUUGCUGGAAAUAACCGCUGGUCUUAGAUUGGUAACUGCAUCCUCCCCUGCGGGUAAGUGAAGGUUGGGGGGGUGCGGAGGUAAAUUUUCAGCCUUUAUUACGCCUGUAUCUCAUUAGAACAAAGCAAUCGCCAACAAGCCCAGAGUAAGAGGAAGGGGCGGAGUAGCAGCGCACUGAGGAAUCCUGGAGAAUGUAGCCUCUCUGACUCCGUUUGAACGAGCUGUGCUAACGUCGCUAUUGUAUGACAACGCCAACCUCCUUUCAUCCUGUCUGUGGAUAUAUUUAGAAUGAUUUUCCUCCUACCAGGGCUCUGAACGACAAGAGUCUGCAUCCGAGAGGGCGGCGUAUAUUUCCUCCGGACACUUCAAAAAUGUUGAAUUAUUGCAGCUUUUUACGCGUCCAAGUUUUGCUGCCUCGUUCGUUGGAGCCUGUUUUAGUGGAAGAAUGAAUUCCAGAUGUUUCUGCAGGAUACAGCAGUGUUGACUCCGACAACGUCUUAAUCGAUAGUGAAGCCAAUUCUGUUUCACUUCCCUGAGUGUUUCUCUCUCUCCUUUUCGAAUUUCGGUCCUAGCUUGCAUUUUUUUACAUUCUCCCAAAAUAAAAGAGACUGAAUGCUGUAAGAUAUAAAUAAUUUAGUCGCAAAAUGGACGGGUUGUCGAAGAAGAAUGAGAAGUUAGAAGUGCCAGAGGAGGAAGAAGUCGACCCAAGGAUUCAGGGGGAACUUGAAAAACUGAAUCAGUCAACAGAUGCUAUUAAUCGGCAGGAAACUGAACUGGAGGAAGCUCGGCAGAAAUUUCGAACGGUUUUAGUCGAAGCUACCGUUAAGCUUGAUGAAGCUGGGAAGAAGGUGGGAAAAGCUGUGGAUGAUUCCAAGCCUUAUUGGGAAGCCAGGCGAGUUACACGACUGGCACAGCUGGAGGCCCAGAAGGCGACCCAAGAUUUUCAAAGAGCUACUGAGGUGUUGCGAGCGGCCAAAGAGACUAUUGCUCUGGCUGAACAGAGGCUCCUAGAAGAUGAGGAACGUCAGUUUGAUUCAGCCUGGCAAGAGAUGCUUAAUCACGCUACACAGCGGGUCAUGGAAGCAGAGCAAACCAAGACGAGGAGUGAGCUGUUACACAGAGACACAGCUAUGAAAUACAAUGCAGCAAUGAGCAGGAUGAAACAAUUGGAGAAGAAGCUGAAAAGAGCCAUUAAUAAAUCCAAACCAUAUUUUGAACUCAAAGGAAAGUACUACCUGCAGCUGGAGCAACUGAAGAAAAAUGUGGAUGAGCUUCAAGCCAAACUGUCAGCAGCUAAAGGCCAGUACAAAGCUGCUCUGAAGAAUCUAGAGAUGAUCUCUGAUGAGAUUCAUGAAAGAAGACGCUCCAAUAUGAUGGGACCCAGGGGAAGAGGAGUUGGUGCUGAAGGGAAUGAAAACUCUUUAGAAGAUCUGUCCAGUUUAAAGACUGAGCCUGACGAACUGUCCGUGACAUCGGAAAUUUUUGAAGAUGAUAACUGCGGCAGCCCUGUCUCUGAAGAUUCAGAGAGCCAGUCAGAGUCCAGUUUGAGCUCUUGUCCAACCAGCCCCUUGGAUCCCACAAUUCCUUUCCCUCCAGUAAACCGUCCGCCCAGCUUGGAACUGUUGAGUCCUGUGUCUGAUUGUGGCAUGGGUUCACCCAUUCUGGGACCUCGCAGUGAGUGCAGUGGAGCCUCUUCUCCUGAAUGUGAAACUGAAAAAGCAGGAGACCGAGCUGAGGAUGUUGAAAAUGAGGACAAACUGGUGAACCAACAAUCUAUUGAUGAAGCAACACUGGAGAUCAGAGUAACUCAAAUUUCAGUCAAGUGUACAGAACCAAAGGAGAAGAGAAUGUCAGAACUAGAAGUCUGUGGAUUGGCUCAGUCACCGACCUGUUAAAUAUCAUGAAGCGACAUCCUAAAUGUGCCAGGAAACGUAGUGUCACAGACUCACUUGCUCGCACUGUCUUGGCCUUUUAAAUAGCUGUCUAACUACUGCACUGAAAGUUUUUUUUUAAGAGUGGCUGAUGUUUAUAAUUGGAAAAAGAAAACUACAGGAGUAGUUCUGAGUUGAAAAUUAAUAGCUUAUCUGCAAAGUAUGUAGUUAGCAGUCUGAUUUCAGACUGGAGGCAAAGAAGCAGUAUCCACUUUUGUGCUGUUGAACUGGAUGUGAAGUAAGAUUCUUGUCUGCUUUGUUCCCCAGCUGAUGACCUGCUUGUAUAAGGCAGAGGUGGAGCUCAGACCAGCAGAAAGUCCUGCUUUGAUCCACUUGCAUCAUGUGCUGCAUUCAUCUGCACCACUUCAUUGUGUUCCUCUUCGUGUUGAUGCUAGCUGUAUCCUUGUGUCAGGAUACGCUUGCUGCGUCGAAGAUUAGAUCUUACUUUGUGACAGUCUUAGUUGUUGUGUCCUGUUGAAAACUGACCUCGAGGAACUUUGUAUUGUUAUUCAGGAGGACUAACCCAAGAGAAGGAAACUGCCGCCAGUGUUUCACUUCCUGCACUGUUGUUUAUUAAUAGUUAAACACAGUUGGAAAGAGGGGCCAGACUGACAAGGUGGAAUUGAGAUUCUUUUGACUAUGCUGACGGAAACUGUAGGGAAUCAGCUAGUCUUUCGAAGGGAAUGGGAUGUUGUAGAAUUUUUCUACUGUCUUGCCACGUUUGGUUCUUAUUAUAUGGCUGGCCAUUAGUGCCAACUCAAAUGCACUACAUGCAUCGACCGGUUUUGCUGCUGUUCAUUAUUUUGUUGCCGGACUAGGUGAGCAACAUCCUGGAACUGCAAUGCAAUGGAAUCCAGUUCAUAUCUUUCUGUAUUUUAACACAGCAAACAUCUAAUCCAGUCUGCCAAACCUGGUUCUCAUCUGAAAGGUGUACAACGAGUGACUAAUGGCAAAAUUGCAUGCCUUUAUGUUUUAAGCAUUAUCAGUCAUAAAUAUUGUAGUCUUUAGACAGUUUUCAGUGUUACAUUUUGUAUAAUUUUGUUUGUAUUGUAAUAUUAAGAACUGUCUAUGAUGCAUUUAACUACUUUUAUAGACUUUCAUUAACCUGGCUUAUAUGAAUGUUAUGAACACAUCAACAUUAUGAAUACAUUUACAGCUCACGACUGACUGUUUCCAUACCUUGUGUGUACAAAGCGAUGGGUGGGAAUGGAAGAGUAGUACUGAUCACUCAAGUCUGUUGUAAAAUGAACACAUUAUGAAAAUACUGGAGAUGCUGGAAAUACUCAGCAUCUGGGGAGAGAGAAGCAGGAAAUGUUUCAAGGCAAUGAUGCAAGGUCAUUGACCUAAGACAUUAAAUUUUGUAUCUCAAAAAUACUGUAUGUUUUUCACCAGUAAAUAAAACUAUUAGGAAUGUAAAGAAUAUUUUAGUGUAAGCAUCAGGAAUAAGGGGAUGUUCCCUUUUUGGAGUAAAAUGGUAAAAUCCUUUUAGAUUUCAGGAUAAAAAAGGUUUGGGUUGAGUUGUUAAGGGGGCCAAGUUUGGAUUUUUGAAAAGCAUUCCCUUUGGUCAUGAUUGAAGUAACAUUUGUUUUAUUUUGCUGACUGAAGACUGUUUGAUUUCUAGCUCUUCUAGCCACAGUUCAACUUUUCUUCCUCUCACAGUCCAAAACUUAAACUGAAUUUAAAGAAUAGAGCAGUUUAAGAUGAAGAAAGUUAAUCUUUUAUUCUGCAUUUGGUAAACUAAACAUUUUGUUCAAGUGAUUUAAUCUCUUUCAGAUCAUGCUGUUUCACUUAAUAUAUUAACCAGAUGGGUAGCAAUGCAAUAGUGAAUAAUUAUAAACAUUUGAUUGUUUACAACAUGGUGGGUUAUUUAAUAGGUAGACUUAAACAGCUGCACAUAGUGCUGUUUUCAGUCAGAAGAUCGUGUUCAACUUCCAUACUGUGGAUUUGAGCUCACAAUCUUAAAGAGCAGUCACUCAGUAUCAAACUGACAUGUGAAACAAUAACUGUCCCUGCUCUCUUAAAAGCCCAAAAGAUUCUACGGGAGUCACCCAGAAGUGGGGAGGAAUUUUCUCCAGAGCCCUGGCCAAUAUUUAUUCCAAGUGUGGAAUUUUCCAGUGUGAAAAUUGGCUAUAUUUCCUUUAUUAAAACAUUUGUGUGUUUGUGAUUUGAAAGGUGACUUCUUUUCCUUUGGUACAAAAAUGUUACUAUGAUCUGUCCAGAUAAGAGCAUCUGCAGUUGAACUAUGGAAAUAACUAGGGCUAAGUGCAAAGCACAAGAUAAUCUGACUGACCUGGCUACGUAAAAACGCUGAACAAAAUAAAUUCUGCACAACAGAACACGAAUGACAGAAGCUGACUUUUUCAUAAUUCAAGAUUUAUAUACAGCCUUGAAUAGAGAAGUUCCUAUGUUUCCAGUCAUGAAGUAAAAGUUUAGUAUCUUUUGUAAUGAAAAUUCAAUUUUCCCACAACCAGUGUGUGGAAGCAUGACCUGAACUUUUAUACAUGCUAAAUACCAAAAGAUGAUUAAAAAAUAUAAUCUGCAAUAGAAAUAGAUACAGCUGACUUUAGAAUCACCAGACCAGCAUCCACUUUUUAUAAAAAGAUUGAUUUGUAUGAUUACAAAUAUUUACUGUUCUUUACAAUAUACAUUGCACAUGUCCCUAAGUUGCAGAGCCAGUCCAGUAAACAUCAACAGCUGCUUUUCAGGUAGGUUAAGAGAUCAGUUUCUGUACUUGCAUCAUCCUGUAAAGAGCUGGCAACAGAGUUUUCAACUGAGUACUUAAAAUCUAUUCUGAUUAACUGAUUGCAAUCCUGGGAAUAAACAGCUGCAAAUUAAAUUGCAAAAGACUCCCAGUUAUAUUCUACAGUAAAAAUAUGUACAUUGAUCAUAAAAACAUAAUUCCUUCAUUUUUCCCCCAAAAAGUAUGAGACUUGAACGACUUUGGAAGUACAGGAACCUUCCCCAGCUAUAACCAUCUCCAUUUAGACUCUCUCAAAGAUGUAUGAAUACAUUCCAUUAGUGCCUGAGAAGAUGUCACUUUUUCUAAAAAAGCUUUUUUUUUAGGCAUGUCCAUGAUUCAAGAGUAAAAGUGCUCAUUACAGUCUUCAUUUCACUGUAACUGUGAAAUCUUGAGUGGAAUGAUACUAUGGAAGUCUAAGAAAAAAGGGCCUUCCUGAGCAGGCAGGAAGGUCGUUGGGAUGACAUUGUAAACUCCUGUAGGGACUCGCUCAACUUCCAAGUAACAGAAUCCACAUCUGCAGGAAGAAAUACACAUGGUCAUCGUCAAAUAAGUAUAUCUGAUUAGAUUUGUGGUUUACUGUACAAAUCUGAAAUCUAACACAUCAGGCAGUCAGUGAGAAUCAUAGGAGCACAGAAAAUACCUCAUGAGUUAAACACAUGAGCAUCUGCUGUAAAGAGAGGGAGGAAAUGUGGUGGGACAAGUGACAAACAUAGAACUACUAGGAAGAAGAACAAGGCGGCAAGACCCAAUGAAAAGAUGCAGUGUUAAGAUAGUUGAAGGUACCAGGAUUGGGAAGACUGAAAGGUGAUUGAGAGGAUGGGACAGAGGGUGAUGAAACAGCAUGGUGGCUACCCCAGGUAAAACAGGAGAAGCUGAAGGACCGAAAAACUGUUAUCCAUGAAAUAAAAGACAGACCUGAUAUAUCUAGCACCUUCCACAGCAUUCCAAUACAAUUUACAAUUAAUGAAAUUGUACUGUACUACCUUAAUGUAGAAACCAUGGCAGCUAACAUUUCUGGAUGUGGAUCUUUGCUACAUGCAAAGAGAUAUUAACCAGUUAACCCUUCUGUGGAAUAUUGAUAGAGGGAUAAAGAUUGCCAAGGAUACCAAGAAGAACUGUGCUCAUAAAAUAAUGCAAUCAUCUAGGAAAGUAGCCCAGGACAACCUGACUUCAUUGAUGCUACUCCCUCAACUUUGCAGCAGGAGUGCAAGGGUGGAGCAUAGGCUCAAAUCUCUGGAGUGGAGUUGAAGCCACAACCUUGGAGUGGCUGACACUUCAACAAAAAAAAGGGUAGGAAAGUGAGUUAUGAAGACGACACAAGGAGCCUACAAGAGUAUCUAGAUAAAUUACGUAAGUGGGCAAAGACUUGGUAAAUGAAGUACAAUGGGAGAAAAUAUGAAAUUGCCUAUUUUUGGCAGAAUGAAUAAAAGUGCAUAUUAUGUAAGUGAGAAGUUACAUAGCCGAGGUGCAGAGGGAUCUGGGUGUUGCAGUGCAUGAAUCACAAAGUUAGU